CAAGAAUUGGCUGUGCGCAGUGAACUCUCUGGGCAGUGUCUAUCACGCCUCCCUCUUUCUUCCUCUUUCCAUACCCUUGCUUUCUCUUUCGAAUCAGUUCUGUUACGACACCUCAUUUCAGGAUCCAUAUUGGCUUCAUUCAGACAACUUUCUAGGACCUCCUAUAACUACAUUCUGAGCAGGUUCUCAGCAUGAAACCUAGAGACUAUUGUUGCUGUGCCAUCCCGGUAGUUAAUGCUGGUAUUUACACCACCCUUACCGAGCAAUUCAUUCUUGGUAUCCUUGCUGGCACGCUCGCCCUAGCAACUCCUAACAUUGUCGGGGCAUCCACGCCGUCUGUUGCGAAAUGGGUCUUUGCCAUUAUCUGCUAUGUCGCUGCAGGUGUUCAAGUCCUUGGCUUUAUUGGAGUGUGGAAGGAGCGCCCAAUUAUGUAUCGUCGAUAUGCGACUUUGCACCUCCUGAUCACGAUCGCAGCCUUUUCAGUAGCUGCUGUUUGGAUUAUCAUCUCAGCAGUCCGACAUAACCAAGCCAAGGCUAAAUGUGAAUCAGACUUCUUUGCUAACAGCACGACGUCAGAAGGAGACACGUUAUGUGAGAUCUUCCCUUGGGUCGAUGUUGGCAUAAUGGGCGGUCUCUGGGUCCUGUUAGCCAUUGUCCAGUUCUACCUAUAUAUCGUAGUAUCUUCCUACGGCUCUGGUCAGCGACUUGACCAUGAGAAGUAUGAUUCAAUGUACGAUCCGACGAAACCCCUUACGAGCGACAUACCUUUAUCCAACCGCGCGGACCCUUGGGAGGCUCGACCGUCCUCACAAGCACUCAUGCGGGAUGCAGGUGGCUAUCACACUCGGCAAUCGAGUAUGGCCAGUGUUUCUACCGUCAUGGCCGACAGGCCACAACAUCCCGUUGAUUUUGGCGGCUAUGAUCAAGCCGCAUAUCCUCCAAGUUUCCCAGGUCAGGUACAUGCAGCACAAGACCCAGGCCCCACACCACUCGCAGGCAGCUACAAUGGCUCAGCAUACACCGGUAUGGAAGCCCCUGCACGAAGCCAGCCUCAUCCUGGUGCGUCCUAAUUUUGGGCGGCCACGGGUUCCAUGGGGCUGCUCUUGUAGCACUUCAUUGGCGGAAGGCUCGUUCCGUCGGAAGACACCGCGACUGCAAAAGCCACUGUCUGAGGACUUUGAGAUUCGUUCGUAUUAUGCGAAUCGGCCCGCCUAUUAGAGAUUACUCUGGUGUAUUCUAUGCUUGGACUACUUUUCCAUGGACAUUGGUCGGACAUUGCUGUAGUUUUCGCUUUUCACAUGUGUGUCGCUUGACAGACAAUUUAAAAUACCAGAUGAAUUGGAUGUACUUAUAUUCCGGCAUCCUCGGAUUCGGGUUACGGCGCAUGUAAAGCAAAUGCAUAGUCAUCUGCCUUGCUUAAUUUCAAGGACUGCCAGGCACAUAGCACACAGCGUACUGCUUUCUAUACAUCUUCGCGUUGCAUCCAGUUACCUAUGUACAAUGGUGUCCUCCGGUGACGGAGAAUUGUUUCCCAUCGUUCUCGCCGUCCCUCCUCAUCCAUGAGCAGAGGUCGGAAAUCCACCGCUAUACGCAGCAACCUUGGAACACGAUUAAAUACAUCAUCUUCCAACGUAUUGCAAAUUGCCCGUUCCUGCGCUAUGAACGGCAUCGUGUAUCCAGCGUUGGUGAUACUGAAUUUGAGUGUGGAGACCGUUCGCGGGAGAAGCGCGAGGAAAUUGACGUCUAACUCGUCC